AUGGCCUCUAACACAAUUAGCGAGUUCGCUCACUUGCGAAUCCCACUAGAAGAAAUAGUGAAGGCCACCGAUAACUUUGCUGAUGACAAUAUUAUCGGCAAAGGUGGAUUCGGAAACGUUUACAAAGGGAAACUUAUGAGGUAUGGCAGGUUGAUAGAUAUCUCUUGCCGGAGGUUAGAUCGUAGGCAUGGGCAGGGAGACGUCGAGUUCUGGACGGAGAUUUCCAUGCUUGGUAGCCUCAAGCAUGAAAAUAUAAUCACUAUAAUCGGGUAUUGUGACGAGAAAAACGAGAAGAUCAUCAUCACGUACUAUUAUUCCAAGGGAAGUCUCUCGAUGCACCUAAGCGACGCUACGAACCUCACAUGGAUCCAAAGACUGAAGAUAUCUCUUGGUAUUGUUAGGGCAAUAUUUUACCUCCAUGAGAACAUCGGAGAGAGUUAUUAUGUCAUACAUCGUAACAUUAACAGCUCCACGAUUUUAUUAGAUGAUAACUGGAAACCCAAGUUAUCUGGAUUUGAAUUUUCAAUCAAACAUUCAAUAGAUCGAAAGAACCAUAUUUUUUUCUGUGAAGCGAUUGGGACACGAGGGUAUAUGGACCCAGAAAUUGAAAAGACGGGAGGGGUGACACACAAGUCGGACAUCUACUCGUUGGGGGUCGUUUUGUUUGAACUCUUGUGCGGCAGAAAAGCAUUUGAUCCAAAAUUAGAAAAUGAUAUGUUUCUAGCACCAUUGGCCAAAUUUCGUUAUGAAAAUCGUACACUGAAAGAUAUAAUCAAUCCUGAUUUACGGGAUCAAAUGAUUCGAUCAGAAUCAAUUGUACUGUUCUCAAAAGCGGCGUAUCAUUGCUUACAAGAGGAGCGAGUACAACGCUCAGAUGCGACCUUAGUCGGGCACCUUGUUGAUCAAGCACUUCAAUAUUGUGAAAUGAAGGAUGAUGAUGAUGAUAAUGAUAGUGGUGAUGGUAUUGGCGGUGUUAAUGGCGAUGAUUGUCAUUCUACUCCUCUAAACUACAUAUAUGCAAUACUCUUUCUCCCACUUACCAUAUUGCUACUGCAGGUAAAUGGCUUUGGCCACUUAAGAAUUCCCCUCACAGAGAUGCUUUGGGUUUUACUUAUGGCUACGCCAAUUGAUUCACCAGAGAACUCUUCGUUCGAUGAAAGUAUGUCAGUGUGUGAAUAUGUAGCGGAAGUACUCGAAUGUUUUGAUAGAGAAAGUAUGAUGUCCGUUGAAGAGAUGAAUAAAGGUGAAAUACCGAAGAGAUGUUACAAAGUAAAUAUAAAACAAUACAAGACUAAAGAACAUAUGUUCAAUAAAGAAAUUGAAAUUCUUAGUAGUUGUAAACAUCGCAACAUAGAAUCGCUUCUUGGAUUCUGUGACGAAACUCCUGAUAUGAUACUUGUUUUUGAUUUCUUCCCUUCUUCUCCACUUUCUGAUCAGUUGGAAGGACUACUUCUCACAUGGGAAAAACGUCUGAAAGUGUGCCUUGAGAUUGCACACGGAAUAAAUUACAUUCAUAAUGAGAUGGAGGACCAAAAGAUGAUAAUACACCGUGCCAUUUGUAGUGACAACAUUUUGUUAGGAGACAAUGAGGAGGUGAAGAUUACUGGAUUUCGAGAAUCAUUAAUGUUCCUACCUCUGAAUCAAGCUGACGACACUCUGUAUAUUGAGAAUACAAAUCCAAAGUUCAAUCCUUACUUGGAUCCACAAUACGUCAAGACUGGCAAACUGAAAAGAGAGUCAGAUGUAUAUAGUUUUGGAGCAGUUUUGUUUGAAAUCUUAUGUGGGAAGUCUGCCUAUAAGUUAACUUGUGUUAAGGAUGGCCAAGAACAUGAACUGUUGUCCCAGGUGGUACGACAAUGGCUCGAUGCAGGAAUAAUAAAGAAAAAGAUAGCUUCUGUAAUUAUGGGAGAAAAUGGAGAAAACAAAUUUUAUCUAAAUAAAGGUCCCAACGAAGAUUCUUUGAAUGCAUUUUUAAAAAUAGCACAUUGGUGUUUGGCAGAAACGCAAAAUGAACGUCCAACAAUGAAAGUCGUCAUCAAAGAACUUGAAAAAGCAUUAUCAUAUCAGGAAAACAAUAAGGAUAACUUCCGAAUGUCGUUUGAGGAAAUAAAAUUGGCCACACAUGACUUCAGUCCUCACAAACUCAUUGGGGGAGGAGGUUUUGGGGGGGUAUACAAAGGCAAAGUUGCGCAUAGACAUGAUAAUGGGCAUUAUACCAUUGUCGCAAAACGGUUAGAUACAAGUCAUGGUCAAGGGGAGAAACAAUAUUAUAAUGAGCUACAAAUACUCUCCGAGUAUAAGCAUGACAAUGUCAUCGGUCUUGUAGGCUACAGCAACGAAACUAACGAAAAAAUCAUUGUUUAUGAACAUGCAUGUAAAGGAAGCCUUGACAAGUAUUUGAAUGAUGUUAGUCUUACAUGGAGGAAUCGACUUAAGAUAUGCAUUGAUUUUGCAACUGGGUUGGAUUUUCUUCAUGAAGGCGGUCAUGGAAAAGAGGUUGUGAUACAUAGGGAUAUCAAAGCUGCUAACAUUUUGUUGUUUGAUGAUUGGAAGACAAAAAUUGGUGACUUUGGACUUUCUAUUAUAAGCACGGUAAAUAAGGAAGCAGACUAUGUCAUUGAUCAUGCUUGUGGCACAAAGGGCUACUUGGACCCAUUGUACUUAAAAUCAGGUUUCUUAACCACGGAAUCCGACAUUUAUUCAUUUGGUGUGGUUUUGUUUGAGAUCUUAUGUGGGAGAUCAACAUUUGAGAUUCACAAAUAUGAGGGCCAGUUUCUAGCCAAGUUCAUUAAACAUAAAUUUGAAAAAGGAAAACAAGAUGAAAUGGUAUCUGAGUCUAUAAAGGAAGAAAUCACGCCAAGAUCAUUGACUACAUUCCAAGAGAUCGCCUACAAGUGUUUAGACGAUGACAGGGAAAAACGGCCAACGGCAAGAGAAGUUUUAACAGAACUAAAAAAGGCAUUGGAAUUUCAAGAAGAUACAAACAUAGGAGCAGAAACGAGCUAAUUACAAAAAGAGAAGAAAUGUUUCUGGAUGUCACCAAGACAACAACUCUCGAUAACUACUAAGUUUAACAAGCAUAACGUUCAUGGGAGUGUAAUGUAAUUUUCCUAAAUGUUUUAAAUCAUGUACUUUUUCUUUUGGUUCAAUUGGGUAAUUGUAAUCUUAGUUUUGUAGAACCCAUGAUAUUUCUGUUUACAUGAUUUUCAAGAAGUUUCGGUUAACAAUUUAA